AUGGAAGAAGAUGAUUCUGACAAGAUGGACAGAAAAGGCAAACGAAAGAUUGAUCACAUAAUCGACUUGGAUAAAGGAGACUCUUCCACGAAGAAAAAUUCUCAACGCAAUCGAAAUACUGUUCAUCAGGGUUCAUCUUCUUCCGUUCUUGAAAAUCAAUCUGCGCCGGCGGAUUUACCUGAAAAUACCAAUGUUUCAAUCUCAACGACGGUGGCGGAGACCGGCGUUUGGCCACCACCCCAACCCCAAGUGGAAGAAUUAGGGACGUCGUCGUCCUCCGAUCGGAGGUCCGGUGCUCCCGCAUUAGGCGGCCUGAAUAUAACAGUGGCCUUGCCACCACCCUACUUCCUUGGAAAGGUGUCGUCAUCCCCAAAUCAAGAGUCCCGGAACCUUCACAAAUGCGUAUUCUGCUCCACGAUGUCGUACAACUUCUGGUGGUUGCAUGAACAUCAAAUAAGCCAUGUCGAUGGCGUUGAUCAGAGUGAACAAAAUCAAAACCCUACACAGAGAUCAACUACCGGCCCCACACAGUACAACAACCCUAGCGCUAGCCAGAUACAAAUACCACAAACUGGGUUCCAAAGCUAUAUCAAUAGUAAUUUCAAUCUCCGACCUAUCUACGGCGGAGGAGGGUGUAGCAGAACGGAAGGCUUUCAAGAAGUUACCGAUGUUCACAAUUUUUCUGGCAUUCAAGAUCACGGUGGCCGGAGUACUUACUGGCGUCUAGCUACAACUACUUCAUCUCUGUCAAUUUCUGAAACAAGAGAAGAAGAAAUAAACGAUGGCAGCAUUGAUCUUUUGUCGGGUGUAGGGACGAGUAAUAGUUUGGAAAACCGUGAACGUGAUGGUGAUGAAGAUCAAGAUCAUAACAUGAAUGAAGAAGAUGAUGGCGCUCUAAUUGAUCUUUCACUACAGAUUGGACGGAAAUCACCCAAUUGA